AAUACUGAUCUUAAUGAUUGUAUUAUAGCCAAAAAUGAGGAGAGUGUUCAUUUAUUAUUUCAGUGAUUUUGUCAGAACUUAAAUACAAAUAGUUUAUUUUUUCAGUUUUUAUUGUCUUUAUUAUUAAAGUAUUAUUUUUUUUCUUAAUGAUUGUCCACCACACAGAGCUGAAGCUGAGACAGACAGAUGAAGCAGGGCUGAGAAGACAAAGGGAUUUUUACCCAUCAGGCAAAUCAUGUAAGACCAACGAAGACCAUAGGGAGGUGUCAGUGACAGGAAGUGAGCUGCAGGUGCUUAACAACAACGGCAACACCAAACCAGACGUGGAAGAAACGGUAAACGUCAUCAGCAACAGAAUGAAGGAGAGACGGCGAGAGCUGGGUCUGCCCGACGACAUCAAGGAGAUGAACCAUGUCCAAAUGACCAUGGAGAAGAGCAACAUGCAGAAGUGUUUGCUGUACUUUGAGAGUCUUCAUGGACGACCGGUAAGAUUCACAGAGAAGACUCUGUCUCUGAACUGA